CCAGGAAUGCCGUUGGCUCAGGCUGUAGCAAUUGUUCAGAAACACUGCCGUAUCAUAAAAAAUAUACAGGUUCUCUACAGUGAACAAUCUCCUCUCAGCCAUGACCUCAUCCUUAACCUGACUCAGGACGGAAUCAAACUGCUAUUCGAUGCUUUCAAUCAAAGACUGAAGGUGAUUGAAGUUUAUGACUUGACUAAAGUGAAGUUAAAGUACUGUGGUGUUCAUUUUAACUCUCAAGCUAUUCCUCCUACCAUUGAACAAAUUGAUCAGUCUUUUGGAGCCACCCAUCCAGGAGUUUACAACUCUGCGGAGCAGCUUUUCCAUCUCAACUUCAGGGGCCUGUCUUUUUCCUUUCAGUUGGACUCAUGGACUGAAACUCCAAAGUAUGAGCCAAACUUUGCCCACGGCUUAGCCUCUCUGCAAAUCCCACACGGCGCAACUGUGAAACGCAUGUACAUCUACAGCGGAAACAGUCUGCAGGAUACAAAGGCACCUAUGAUGCCACUCAGCUGUUUCCUGGGAAAUGUGUACGCAGAAUACAUUGAUGUUCUCCGAGAUGGAGCUGGACCCUCAGGUUUACGACUGCGCUUACUCACUGCAGGCUGCAGUCCAGGUGUGUUAGCUGAUGCCAAAAUACGGGUAUCCGAGCGUUGCGUGUAUUUCGGUGAUUCGUGCCAAGAUGUCCUGAGCACUUUGGGCUCCCCUCACAAGGUUUUCUACAAAUCUGAAGAUAAGAUGAAAAUCCACUCACCUUCCCCUCACAAGCAAGUCCCUUCGAAGUGCAACGACUUCUUCUUCAACUACUUCACGCUUGGAGUGGACAUCCUUUUUGAUGCAAAUACUCAUAGAGUAAAGAAAUUUGUUUUGCAUACCAAUUAUCCUGGUCAUUAUAACUUCAACAUUUAUCACCGUUGUGAAUUCAAGAUCCCACUCGUUAUUAAACGAGAAAGUACUGAGUCACAGACGGAAACCUGCACGACGUACAGCAAGUGGGAUAAUAUUCAAGAGCUUCUUGGACAUCCUGUGGAAAAACCCGUAGUUCUUCACAGGUCGUCCUCUCCGAACAACACAAAUCCAUUUGGGUCAACUUUUUGUUUCGGGUUACAACGGAUGAUCUUUGAGGUGAUGCAGAAUAACCACAUCGCAUCCGUCACGCUCUACGGCCCGGCCCGGCCGGCCCUUCAGACCAAGACCUUCGACCUCCCCCAGUGAGCAAUACCCACUGAACAUAAGGCUACACAAUUCGCUCAGCGUGCCUUGAGUUGCUGCCGCUUAUCAUGACGGAAAAGCACGAAACGGUGGAGAGUGUGAGUGUGCGUGUAUAUGGUUGUGUGUGUGUGAGAGAGAGAGAGAGAGAGAGAGAGAGAAAGCGGGGGAAGGAGGGAGAGAGAGGGGGUACAAGAAAAUUUGGCCCUCGCCAUCUGUGGAUGGUACCGGCUGGAAAUCCUCUGGAGCUGAACCUUGCAGGACUUGGAGCCAGUGGCAGAGGCACAAACACAGCUACACACACACACACACACACACACACACACACACACACACCCCUAGGCGGCACUAGCAUUAGUCCUCUUGCUUGGCCUUGGAAGUUACGGUAUAAAUGCAAACAGUUUGGCUUUGCAGUGCUGGACAGAGAAAGAGCUUUUGAAAAGAGCUCAGCACAUCCUUAGAAGCACAAGUUCCUCAUCUUUGGGCAUCUGAAAGCAGGGCUCUCUUUCUCUCUAUAUAUAUACAUACCUAUAUAUAUAUAUAUAUAUAUAUAUACCUAUAUAUAUGCGUGUGUGUAUAUACGUAUUAUUUUCCCCUUUCUUUCCCGUCUGUCUCUGCGUGCCACGUAUUCAGAGUUGCGUUCCUGUGUUUUAUUUUGCUUCUGGGGGACAAAAAAAAAGGAAAAAGGAGAAAGGCAAGGAUAUGGGUGGACACAGACUCACACAGAGCUCAUGUAUAGGUGUAUAUAUAAAAUAAAAUACAUGGAUUUUUAGUUAGCUUGGGAUAGCCCACCAUGCUCAAUAUGUCCAUAAUUUCAGGUGUCCGAUGUUAGAAACGAGGCACAAGGCAACCUAAAGACUUGGUGAUCGAUCAUAUAUAUGUGUAUAUGUAUAUAUAUAUAUAUUUGCACUACAUACACUUUAAUUACUUGAUAAGACCUUUUGAAUUUUACUGAGUGCUGGGCGUGAGUGGAGGCUGGGUUUAAGUGUUGUUGUUUUUGCCACACCUAAAAUAUUUGGGGUGGGUGGGGAAAUAAUCUGAUGCAAUUUUUCUGCACUAAAUGUUUACUUGAUGCAAUGAAACAAAAUUUUGUCUCCUGCCACGUUUGGUGAACUAAACCCCAGUUUUCUUCUGGGGUUAGAGUGAAAGAACAAAAAAAAAAAACUCGAAUUAGAUGACUCCUACAAAUUACGAUGCUUUUAAGGGAGAGUUCGGAUAUAUCAGGUUUUUUUUUUCUUUGCGUGCAAAACAGAUAACUGAUAUGCAUUCUUGGAAGAGUUUAGCUGCAGCUUAAGAUGUGACAUGAGAUCCGAUUUACAACGUCCUUGAGUUCCUUGUCCGGUCAACGAGGUUGGGGGUUGGGGGGGCAGAAUUGGGAUUGUUCUGUACCAGGUUCCUCUUUUUUCCUCACCUAUAUCCUGCUGAGAUGAAAUAAAAAACAUGUCGCCUUAAGGAAUUUUCCCAAGGACUUUUGACCCUGGAGGUGAAAUUUCUGGGUUGUCUUAUUGUGCAGCCCAGCAGAAAUGAGGACUGUGCCUCUCUCUCUCUCUCUCUUUUUUUUUUUUAAUUUAAUGCCAAAAUUUUAGCCAAAGAGAUCCUUAAUCUUAAGUUUUCAACAUUUCUACGUGUAUAGAUAGGAAUAGGUAGAAAUAGAGAUAAGGGUUGGGCAGUUCCUCCACCUCCAUCCGUCGCAGGGGAAAAAAUAUAAUAAUAAUUCAGUGACUUCUAGUUAAGGAAAAGUUAUUUAAAAGCCUGUUAUUUCAAGGAGAUUUUAAGGGAUGCAUGUGAUUCUUUGGCUGCUUUUUAUCUUUAAAAAAAAGUAAAUAAUAAAUGGUCUCGCUUUUUUUUCGAUCGUAACCCUUUUUACAGCGGUGGAGAGGAUAUAUAUAUAUAUAUAUAUAUAAAAAAGACUGCAUAGAGAGAGAGUUUAUAAUUUUAUCCCAUUUUUUAAUAUUUUGGUGUAGCAAGUUGUGAUAUAAAUUAUAGAUGAUU